CGAGGUUGUAAUAUAUUUCAAUAUUUGAUAAGAGAAUAAUUUGAUUUGAUAGUUACAAUCACAGUGAAUAUAUAUAUGUAAAUAUGUAAAUAGAUAUCAGUGAAAGAUAUAAAAUUAACAAGAAUGGAUUGGGUUUUAAAUGUUUUACAGAUGAUGAUACUAGGUUUCUCUAUGUUUCCUUACUGUUCCUCACGGUCUCAUAAAUCAAACAAUGGGCAAAAUCAUGAUUAUGUCACAGUUGUUUCACCGAAAUUCAAGACACAGAUUGACAAAAAGUCCGAAUAUGUAACUCAGCUAAAACAGAGAACGACAUUCAACAGUGACAAAGAUGAUGAUGUUUCUGGAAAACAUUCAAUAGAUAACGGAGAUUAUGAAGACCCCUUCAGGAGACCAGAUCUUAAUUAUUUUAACAGCAACAAUGAUUAUGAAAAUAAUAAUGACCAUUCCGAUGUUAGGGAAAAAGACCAAGAUUAUGCGGAAUCCGGUUACAUAGACGAAGAGACAAUGAAAUAUGAAAAAGCGAUUCAAAAACAAAGUGGAACUAGUCAAGUGUUUAAACACAUACCUAAAAAUAGUAUUACGAAAUAUACUGAAAAUGAUAGACCAGGCAGUUUCAAUAACAAAGAAGUUUUAAAUAAUGAUGUUUUUGUCGCAAGAGAUUACAGUAACACCGAUUUAAGUGAGCUAUUUAAUAAAUAUGCUGAAGAUACUGAUCGAAAUUCCAAUGCAAAGUUUGAUUUGAAGAAUUAUGAUGUUGAUAUGGACAAAUUGUUUAGGGAAAACAUAAAAUCUAAUAAAAUAGAGAAUAAAUACUAUAGCGAUAAAGUACAAAAUAAUCAUCAGAAAGAAAAUUACCAGAAGAAUAAUAUUAAUAAUAAUAAUAAUAAUAAUAAUAAUAAUAAUAAUAAUAAUGAUCGGAGAACGGAUUCAUUGAGCAAUAGGAGACGUCUGCAAAAUUUACAGCAAUAUAAAAAUAUUUACGAAGUUCAUAAAACAAAGAAACUGAAUUAUCAUGUGAAUAAAGAGUGAAAUGACAGUAGUAAUGAAAUGUUUGAGAACUGCUUCAAGAGUUUUUACUAAAAUCAAAAAAACAUUAAUAUCAACCAAUCAAAUUAUUUGAAAACAAUCCUAUGUAAUGAUAACAUCAUUAUUAAGAGAUUAUACUAACUUUCAUAAUGUAAUCACAAUUUUCGAAUGUCUAUCUUCUUUGUUUAAAGAAAUGAUAUGAAAUAGUUUUUACAACUUUUCCCGAGUAUAUUUUCAGUGCCAUAGGCUUUUCAUCUUGUUAUAAUUAAGUAGGAUGAAUUCCAAU